UCUUUAAAUACCCCAAGUCAUCUGAUACAACAAAACAUUCCACUGUCAGCCAAUCUACGGCUUUACUGUAGGACUGGCAAAGGGGCCAUUACGGUUACUGGCAAAAUAUUGACACUUUGUCAAAUACGGAGAGACGGAUAAGCCCGGUUCGUGUCCCUGGCUGAAUUAUUGACUGGGAGUCGUGGGGCAGAGUGAAGUCGGGGAGACGGACAGGAAAAAACAAAGAUGGCUGUGUAGUCAGAGAGACGAGUCCCAGCGAACUAUCUGUAGCCGCAGCCUCAAACGCCGACAAGUCCCGUGGGUCCCGUGGACAGUCAGCUGGUACCGGAGCACAGACGUUAACCGAGCAGCCGAACCGGGCCUUCGGUGCGCGUUGGCGUAUCCGCUGUCAGGGCGAAUAACGGUGUCGACAAUACAACAGCUGAGAGACGCCUGAGUUGUUUUGUUCUGCCUGGGCAAGGGAGGACUGCUGUGUUUUUGUCAACCAAGCUAGCCAUAUUCUGCUAGCCUCACUGAGUGUAUUUCGGCCUCAGCCUGGUCGCGGCAGGUACCCCCGAAAAACUCUAGACAAUCACCACCAUGUCUUCACUGGAAGAGAGAGAUGUGGGCGUUGCGGCCGCCCCUGGCUCCUCCUCGGCCGGCCUGGGGGUCGGGCCCGUGGGGGCAGCGCUGGAGGCUGUCCCGGGGGUUGCAGCAAUGCAGGAGGAAGUCGGCAUACGGCGAGAAGGGCCCGAGUCAGACCCCGAAGAACCACCCAAGAAGAGGGUAAAAAUGCCUGAGGGAGAGGCAGGGAAGCUGGAGGAGAGACUGUACUCUGUGCUGUGCUGCACCGUGUGCCUAGACUUGCCCAAGGCGUCUGUAUACCAGUGUACCAAUGGGCACCUGAUGUGUGCAGGCUGUUUUAUCCACCUCCUGGCUGAUUCUCGUCUCAAGGAGGAACAGGCUACUUGUCCCAACUGCAGGUGUGAGAUCAGUAAGAAUUUGUGCUGCAGGAACCUGGCAGUAGAGAAGGCUGUCAGUGAGCUGCCGACAGACUGUACCUUCUGCCUAAAACAGUUCCCUCGUUCCAGCCUAGAGAGACACCAGAAAGAGGAGUGCCAAGACAGGGUGACGCAGUGUAAGUACAAGAGGAUUGGGUGCCCUUGGCAGGGGCCGUUCCAUGAGCUGCCCGCACAUGAGAGCGAGUGCUCCCACCCCACAAAGACUGGGACAGAACUGAUGGGAAUUCUGGGAGAGAUGGACCAGAACCACCGCAGAGACAUGCAGCUCUACAACAGCAUUUUCAGUCUGCUCUGCUACGAGAAGAUUGGGUUUACAGAGGUGCAGUUCAGACCGUACCGCACUGAUGACUUCAUCACCCGUCUGUACUACGAAACACCUCGCUUCACCGUCCUCAACCAGACAUGGGUGCUGAAGGCCCGCGUCAAUGACUCUGAGCGCAACCCCAACCUGUCCUGCAAGCGCACCCUCUCCUUCCAGCUCAUCCUCAAGAGCAAGGUGAACUCAGCCCUGGAGUGCUCCUUCCUGCUCCUGAAGGGGCCGUACGACGACGUGCGGAUCAAACCGGUCAUCCACCACCACUCCUUCAGCAACGACACCAACGAGACCGACUACGUCCCUCUGCCCAUCUCCGACUCGGUGGAGUGCAACAAGCUGCUGGCCGCCAAAAACAUCAACCUCCGCCUCUUCAUCUUCCAGAUCCAAAAAUAA